GGAAACUGAAUAUCUACAAGCCCGCACCAUCAGUAAUGGAGUAUGGGAGGUCAUGCUGCAGAGGACGAAUCGAGAAGUCUUGUUCGGCAACGCUGUGACGGCCAUUGCAAACGUGCAGAGAGAAGCAGAGCUGGUGUUGUCGAACCUGCAACGCCUAUCGCCAGACCUCGCAUCUCUCUUUGGAGUUCGAACGCCUACCCAGAUCUACGACACUCCAUUCAAGGUCAUCUGCGAAAGCGACACGGGGAAUUUCCCUUUCGGCAAAACCCAGCCCGUGAAGCAAUUCCUCGCCGUGAGCUACUGUUGGCGACACGAGCACUACGACUGGCCUGCCGAUGGCUCGCGUCCCCAUCCGCCGUGGCCUUUUAGCAAGCCUUUUGUCGACGCCGUUUUAGAGGAGAGGGGCGUUGUCAGUGAAAGUGGCAGGCAUCCCGACUUUCGUCGCGAGUGCAUCUUCGUUGACAAUAUGUGCAUUGAUCAGCAGGAUGAGCACGAAAAGCAGCGGAGUAUAGCUAUGAUGGACGUCAUCUACAAGACUUGUCGAAAACUCGUGAUUUUACUCGAGGAUGUGGUCUUCACGGAAGCAGAAGUCGAUGCAGUCGCCAGUAUAGACUUUGACCACAUUACUCCAGGACCUGAGCGCGAGAUUGAUGAUUUAGUCCUACCCCACUUGAUUUCUGCCUGGCGCAAGCUGGAAAAGUCACGAUGGUGGAGUAGAUCAUGGUGCUGGCAUGAAUUUGAGGUCAAUGAGCCAUGGGACACGCUACGAUGCAGCUACUAUGUGCACUGCGCCACUUUCGUCGUACUGAAUACUACUGGAGGAACGUUCAAGAUGAGGUGGCUCCAGCUGCUCUGGAUCAAAGCCAUGACAGGACUUCCUGGUACCGCCAACACACAGGCUCACAGCGCCGAAAAACUUCGGGACGAUUUGCGCUGGGCCAUAGCAGAUAAUCGUAAUUCGAGAUACGGAGACUCGGCGGAGCGUCAGCACGGGAGCACCAGAUCUAGUAUUAUGGCUCGGCUAUAUGUGAUCAACAACACACAAUCCACGAUUGCUACCGAUCUGAUAUCUAUUGCUAUGAAUCUCAGUGGACUUGCUCUGUUCCACCGGGGAACGAAGCCAAUGACCAGAGCCGAAGUCGUCUGGGCCGUCGCAACGUUAGCCCUGGCGGCUGGAGAGAAGAGUCCUCUAGCGCUCAUGACAACCACGAUGCUAAUCAUAGAUGGGAAAGAGUCUUGGCUCUCGCAACAAGCGGCAGAGUUCGAUACCAAUUUCCCGCAGUUUAUACUCGGCAGCAAUACUGGACUCCAUGCCAUCACACCUCACAUCAUCAAGCUGGAUCUGCUGUUCUUCGAGCAUCCUGCGCAGUGGGCAUCCGAGAAUGAUAUGGCAUUCACGUAUCGUGUCUUUCCAGCGAACGCAAUUCCGACCACUCCACCACGAUACCGCGGCAACGCACAGUCUCAACCUCAGUCGCUCGUGGACGAGUCUUGUGAAAUGCGAAUACGAGUCUUUCUUGCCCAGGCUUGCCGAUGUGGACUGGAAUUCGUUCUGCGCUUGUGGGCUCAGAUCCACCGUGAUGUGGUACAAGAAUCGUACAGUCAAGGCAUGUACAGGGCGUUCGAUGCUAAUGAGGCGCUCAAACAAAGUGCCAUAACGCUGCUGGCGCACCUCGCAGUUGAAAAAGACGUACCAGCCUCAAAGGAAAGCUCUUUCCUAGAGAAACUCCUCCUCUUUCUCACCUGGCUCACUGAUCCCCGAUCCACGUACUACAUCUCUGCAUCUUGCCUGCGGAUGCCUUGCGCGGAGAAGGAUUUCGCGCUCAUAAGUGGGCCCACGAUGCGCAAUCUCGGAGGCCAGAUGGACCAAAAUAGGUGGAGACUUGCCAUUCCCACAGACCUGCUUGAUGCCUCCUGUCAGAUGUACAGAGUGUGGGUGCUUCAGCCGAAAGCAGGUGGCGGAUUGCGUCAGUCGCACAAUGGGUUGUGGGAAAAUACAAACGGAGAAUAUACGAUUAUGGGGAAGAUGCUGCUCCUGGGGGAGCCUGAUCAACUGCUACCAGACUCGGCUUCAAGAGUCAGAGAAGGGCAGAGUGUGACGGCUUGAGGGCGGCCUCGAUACGCUCUCUCCAUCCGAGAUUAUUUCAAUGCGGCACAGCAUUCAAUAGUACAGUUUCUGGACACAUGGGCCACCCAAAAUGCAUCUGGAUCUGUACAACUCGAGACCAGCAGCGUGUUGGGGCGAUAUGUGGAAUCGACACUUCGUCCGUGCUUACCUGAGCGCAUAUAGCAAUUCUAGAAGUGUAGAAUUGGCGCUUGCGCAACGACACGGCAGCCAAUCAGAGGGCUGCACUUGGCGAAAACACCUCCACUCUGAAACCAAGUCCAGUGACUGCAGCCUUUGCUAUUGUCGUCCAUCUCUCAGAAGACUCAGAAGCGCCCACGUCGACUGCCUUCAUUGGCCUGUAAUGCUCUCCGACUCCUCCCAAGAUGCCGACAACAUGGCAGCAACCCGGUCGCCCGACUCCCGGCGUUUCUCUUCCGAGAACAACACGCUCACACAGGCGCGUCGACAUGUCGCGAGCACUUUAUUCUAGACCUUGCUAUACCGCAUCUUGGCGGACUAGACGGCCAUGCGACAGUGCGUGAUUCACUAUGCGCCUGUUGACCGACCUCAUGUCUUGGACGUGGUUUCGCCUCAGUCUACCAAGAUCCACAUCUGGGCGCGACUUCGAGAGAAAAGUGGCACAUCGCAUCCACAUUGUGAUGCAUCACCUUCGACGCCGCACUCAAUAAGAUCCCGUAUUCACUCACUCGACGAACAUUCCUUCACCUUCGCUCCAGUGUUGUGUGUGUGCUUCAAAGCCCGUCACUCUGCCCACCAUGUCUGGCUUCCCUCUUUGUACAUAGCCCAUUGUUGCCAUUUCUUAUUCUUAUCUUCUUGUCUUUGUUCAUUGACAAAAGCGCAGGCCGCACAAAAGCCAUUGUUGUUGCAUUUUUCACUCAUACUAUAAGAUCCAUUGUGCUCAGGCCAAUCUUCUCAACAGCAGUUCACGCUCUCUAGAACACUCGACACACUCCCUACUACUCCUUCACUGAGACGUGAUCGAGACACGCAUACCAUUCGGCUGGCCCGAUACUUGAAGCAUUACCUACCUUCACGACAACGAGACCGUUCAACAAAAGCAAGUGACAUACCUGAAGCGAGCCUUCUCCUUUGCCACACGCAGUCCCCCAGACCCAGACUACACGACCGGUAUCAUCAUACUGCACAAACAUGCAUCUUCCCACAGCAUCCACGAGGUGCUCGACCAUGUGCGCUCUACUCCCAGCACUUUUUGCCUUUGUCCUGUUUGCACCACUCGCAGUGGCCCACUCAUGGGUGGAGGAGUACCAACUCAUCUCGGACAAUGGAUCCUUCACUGGGCCCCGAGGAUACGCAAGAGGCUAUGUCCCAAGAACCGACCCAACCUACAACGGCUUUUCCAACAUGUGGAUGUUGCCUUCGCUCGAUGCACGCAACUCUGAUGGCACUGUCCGAACCCGAAUCAACGACACCGACUCAGUCUGUCAUCCCGCGCAGCGAACAUCAAACUACACUGCGACCUUCCCCAAACUCAAGGUUUCCGCAGGCGACUACGUCGCCAUGAAGUAUCUGGAGAACGGUCAUGUCUCGCUCCCGUGGAACAUUACCGGUAAACCCCCAGGCGGUGGCUCGGUGUUCAUCUUCGGCACAACCAAACCUUCCGACGACGAGAAGAUCGCAGAUGUCAUGCAAUGGAACAGAGCAGGCACAGGCGGCAACGGCAACGGUUGGCUCAUGACAGCUCAAAACUUCGACGAUGGCAGAUGUCACCAGAUCAACUGCGGCAGCAUCUCGCAACAACGACAAAUGCUCCUACCCAACCACGUCGCCGGUCAGCCCACUUCCACUGUGGAAUCUUGGUGCGAGAAUGAUCUCCUCAUCCCUGAGAACAUCACAUCCGGUACCUUGACGACCUACUGGGUCUGGCAGUUUGGCACGGAGCCCAACAUGGACUGCAACCAACCCGCUGGCAAAGAUGAAUACUACACGACUUGCGCAGACUUUGAUGUGGUUGACAGUGCAGAGAUGGAAAAGGUCGCGGCGCAACCUGCGCAGUCCAUGCCUGCUGCCGAAUCCAACCCACAAACAGUCGCUGUAUCCGACUAUAAGUCCCGCACCGCAUACACCACCUCUCCCGCACUCAUUCUGAUGAACGACGACAAGAUCUCUGGACCGGUCCCUUCGGCCGACCCUGCGUUCGUCAGCUCGUGCAGUGCUCAAGCGAGUGUCAUUUCCGCUGCAAGCUUGGCAUUGUGGCCAGAAGUCUAUGUCCCAAAUUCAUGUGAAGUCAUUAGCACGUUUGGAACUGCGGCUGCGAGCGCUCAUGCCAAAGUCUUUGAUGCUGCAGCGGCAAGCUAUACCAGCGGAGCGGAGAACGCAUACAGCGAGGCAUUCAAAGCAGCGGGCAUGGCUGUUCCAAGUCGAAAGCCUUGGAGCUAUUCCGCUGUGCCGAGUACUGGUAUGCCAGAUGCUGCAACCGAGCCGACUGCGACUGCAACUGCAACAGGAUAUGGAAGUUCAGCCUCCUCUACCUCUGCUUCAGGAGUCCUUGUCACCCCGAUAUCAGCUGCUCCAUCCUCCUCGCCAACCGCAUCGAGUGAUGGCGUAAAUGAGGGUAUGACAACCAUCAUCACAGUCGUCACCAUGACCGUAACUUCCCCUCUCAGCUCUUCGACUCCGCCGGCGUCUUCACUCACCUCAGAGACCGCCUCCUCAACAUCAACAUCAACCUCCUCCUCCUCCUCCUCCUCCUCCUCCUCCUCCUCCUCAUCCUCCUCCUCCUCCUCCUCCUCCUCCUCAUCACCACUCACAUCCUCCACCCCAAUCCCCUCAACAUACUCCCCGUCAUCAGCGGGCUUAAACAUCCCCACCGUCUCGACCGUAUCCGGAUAUGCAACGAUUAUACCUUAUAAUCAUAACGGUACAGGCUCGACGGCCCAACGGAGAGACGCAUCAUCAUCAGCGAUGAGGUCCGAAACAGGGAGAAGAAGGACACAUGCUCGAAGUUGGUUCUUUGGCCAUUAGGAAUGGCAUGGAAUAUUUCCAUAGCGGGUGUGUGUUUUUUUCGUCUCGGGGAAAUGAAUGGAUGGGUUAUGCAAAGGAAAGGAAAGGGAUAAGAGGAUUAACAGAAUAUCCAAGCUUUUUGUUGUUGUUGGCAGGUUUUGUUGUUUGGAUGGCGCAUUACAGUACAGUACACAGUGGAGUAGUGGAUGGAUAGACAGGCAGAAUAGACAGACAGAAAGACAGACAUGGCCAGUUAUUAGCGUUGAUUCAGCGUUUGGACACUACGUAUAAAUACACACACACACAUCAUGCUGUAGUAGAGGCUGGCCAGCUAUGCCACGCCUAGUGCCAGAGACGAGAUGUAGACUGUUUCCGCAUUGUCGAUGAUGGGAGGAUGUGGAAAUGCGAGAC